CAAUCAGGUAUAUGAACCCCCCUCGCCCCAUGUCCCAUCCCCACUUUUCAUUUAAAAUCCCCCACAAACUGGUCACUGAUCGUCCUCUUCGAUCUGCCUCGUCCCGUCUCCUCCCUCCGCCUCCCCCUGCCUUAGUCUUUGGACUAUCGUCGUACUCGCGAUGAACCCCAACACCAACCCUCACGCAGCACCCCCUCUCGGCGGGACUGCGGAAUCCCACUCUCACACUGGAGCAGCCACCGGUCUGCAGUCCCCCGGUGCUGAUGACAAGCACAUCUCCAAGGAGGCCUACGGAUACAACCGCACCGAUGAUGCCUCUUCUCUAGACCACGGUCGUGGCGCCUCUGAUGAUAGCCUCGAUGGCGCAAAGGCCAAGAUCGUCAACCCUCUCUCUCACCUAUCAAAGGCCGAGCUCCUGUCCCAAGCCGACGCUUUCAUCGCCGAAAAGGGUCUCGAGGAGCACAGAGACAUCAUCAGGCGUGGAGCCCUCGUUGCGCAGAGCCCCGCCGGGUACGGCUCCCUUGACGAACUCUCCACCGAAGAGAAGGACGCAAUCAAUUACGAGUUGAGCCACAAGUGGAGUCACCCCUUUACCCUCUACUUUACCAUUGUCACUUGCAGUAUCGGAGCUGCCGUCCAGGGUUGGGAUCAAACCGGAAGCAAUGGAGCCAACCUGUCCUUCCCCACCGCCUUUGGCAUCGGCGACUCCACCAUUGCGAGGAACUCGUACAUCGUCGGAGUCGUCAAUGCGGCACCUUAUCUUGCCUCGGCAUUCGUCGGAUGCUGGCUCUCGGACCCGCUCAACAACUUCUUUGGUCGACGUGGCUGCAUCUUCAUCACUGCUCUCAUCCUCAUUGCUACACCCAUCGGCUCUGCCUUCACUCAAAGCUGGCAGGGACUCUUGGUCGCUAGGCUGAUCCUAGGAAUCGGAAUGGGCGCCAAAGGAUCGACUGUACCCAUUUUCGCUGCUGAAAAUUCGCCCGCAACCAUCAGAGGAGCUCUCGUCAUGACCUGGCAGCUUUGGACAGCGUUUGGUAUCUUCCUCGGCUCUGCCGCCAAUGUCGUCGUCGCCAACACAGGCAGCAUUUCUUGGAGGCUGCAAUUGGGUUCUGCUUUCAUUCCCGCUCUGCCUCUGGCCGCUGGAAUCUGGUUUUGCCCCGAGUCUCCACGAUGGCUAAUGAAGAAGAAUCGCUAUCCAAAGGCCUUCCGAUCCCUCUGUCGGUUGAGGCACAACAGGAUCCAAGCAGCACGAGACUUGUACUACAUUCACACCUUGCUCAUGGAAGAGGCAAAGAUCAUCAAGGGCGCUACGUAUAUCCAGCGAGCCAUGGAACUGUUUACCAUUCCUCGAGUCAGGAGGGCCACGGUCGCAUCCGGCGUCGUCAUGCUCGCGCAGCAGAUGUGCGGUAUCAACAUCAUCGCCUUUUACUCGUCCACCAUCUUCGUCAAUGCCGGCUUCACCACUCGCCAGGCCCUCUACGCCUCCCUCGGCUUCGGAGCAGUCAACUUCGUCUUCGCUUUUCCGGCUUUGAUGACGAUUGACACCUACGGAAGACGUACCCUGCUGCUCUUCACCUUCCCUAACAUGUGCUGGACUUUGCUCGUGGCAGGCUUGGGCACGCUCCUACCAAUGGGUUCCACGGGACAACUGGGAGUCGUCGCGACAUUCGUAUACCUCUUUGCUGCAUUCUACAGCCCUGGAGAAGGACCUGUGCCCUUUACGUACUCGGCAGAGGUGUUCCCAUUGGCACACCGAGAGAUGGGAAUGGCCUGGGCGGUAGCUACGUGCCUCUUCUGGGCUUCCAUCCUCUCCAUCUUCCUCCCUCCCAUGCUCGACACAAUGAAGCCAGUCGGAGUCUUUGGAUUCUACGCUGGACUCAACGCCUUGGCCUUCUGUCUGAUCUACCUCUUCUUGCCAGAGACCAAGCAAGCUACCUUGGAAGAAUUGGACGAAGUCUUUUCAAUCAAGCACUCUACUUUCAUCAAGUACCAAUUCACUCAAGUCACCCCUUCGUGGUUCAAGCGCACCAUUCUUCGCAAGAAGGAUUAUCCUCGUCCACCUCCUCUUGUCGCAGUCGACGAGCAUGUGGCAAGUGCAGCGGCAGACUUUGCCAACAAGGGACGCGCUUGAGCCGACGGUACGACUCCGAGGGAAGGGAUACGGACGCGGACGUGCGAGCGGCAGGCGUGCCUCGCCUUUCGUUCCGAUUUGCCCGGCUCGAGCACGUGUGUAGGCGAAAACUAUGUUUCCCUUGGUUUUUUUUUUGUUUCAAGUACCCACUUUGCAAUUGAUUCACCAUUCACCAUUCAUCACAGAUAA